UGUUUACAUCUGGUACAGGUUUUCACUGUUAGCGUCAGUCAUAUUUUUUUUCCUCAGCAAUAAAAGCGUUUAAAUCUGAUUUUCAAUAUGGGAUGUGAUGGCGGAACAAUUCCUAAAAGACACGAAUUAGUGAAAGGACCGAAAAAGGUGGAAAAGGUUGAUAAAAAUGCAGAACUCGCUGCCAAAUGGAAAUAUUGCGCUUUGAGUCAAGAGAAGUUAAAGCGUCCUGUUGUGGCCUGUGAGCUGGGCAGACUGUAUAAUAAAGAUGCGAUCAUUGAGUACCUGUUGGAUAAAUCAGCAGAGAGGCCAAACACUGAGGUUGUGGCUCACAUCCGUGGAAUCAAGGAUGUAAAGGAGCUGAACCUCACUGAUAAUCCAGCAUGGGAGGGUGAGAGCAGGAACAUUAAAGGAGACUGUUAUGAAGACAUGCACUGUGCCAUGUUCAUCUGUCCUGUCGUCGGUCUGGAGAUGAGUGGCAAACACAAGUUUUGUUACCUGCAGACGUGUGGAUGUGUUUUCUCAGAGCGAGCACUCAAAGAGGUCAAGACUGAGAUCUGCCACAAGUGUGGUGAUCCUUUCCAAGAAGAUGACAUUGUGGUGCUAAAUGGAUCUAAAGAUAAUGUGGAGAAGCUGCAGAAAACCAUGGAGGAGCGCAGAUUGAAGGCAAAAACAGCAAAGAAAUCAAAGAAGAGCAAAGAUUUAAAGGUCACCUCCAAGCCGCAGGAUUCAACAGGUACUAGAGAUGUCAAAGGAAACUGUGAGACCAGAAACACCUCUGAGACUAAAUCUACAUUGCUGAAUGGAGAGAGCAGCAGUGUAACCCACAGUGAAUCAGCUCCUGGUCCCUCAACCUCCGGUGAGCACUCGAAGAUGAUAAAGACCCCUGCGGAACCUUUGACCGGCAGCAAGCGAUCUAUCCAAGACAUGCGGGACAAAUCUGAGACCUACAAAUCGCUGUUUACCUCUCACAGCUCUGCCAAACGCACCAAAGACCAGAUCUCCAACUGGGUCACUCACACGCCCUACCACUUUUAAACGCAUCCUUCCCAGAAGAGUGCACUCUCUAGUGGUCAGGCUUUGGAUAAGCAGUAAAUUACACCAAACUAUCAAGUGGAUUGAUGCAUUGCUUUCUGUUUAUUUUUAUUUUGCAGCCUAUUUCUUUCUUUUUUUUUUUUUGCAUCACAUUUAUAAUUUGAUUUUACUCUAAUAUCUUUUGUUGACAGUGUGCAAACUUAUAUUCCAGUUAGGGACAUCUUAACUAUAAUAGAGCUUUCCUUGCAUGCAGAACAAUAGUCCCUAAGCGUUUUAUAUUGCUCUACGGCUGUUAUGAAACCUAUGUUCUUUUUUUAAUAUUUUUUUGUUGUUGAUGUUCUGACUCUAUAUUUGAUCAUCAGAAGUAAAAGUGCUUUGCAACAAUAUCUUGUUUUAAUACAUGUGGUGUUGCCAGCUUAAUUCAGAUUAAGGCAUUUAAAACAACAUUUUAAAAGGCAGAUCUUUGUGUGUUUUUCAUCUAUGGUGUUACUUAGGAGCAAUAAUGCAUUUUUAUGAAGUACUGAUGUUACUUUUGAAAGUUCACGAAUAAUGCACUAUUUAUUGUACUUUUAAAUAUGCAUUAUUUGUGUACAGAAUAAAGGUUCAGUUUGGAAGAAAUCAUGCACUGUUUCUGUACAUUAGUAGUGAAGGGUUUCAUUUAAACUCUUCAUUUCUCCACAAGGUGGCAGUAGAGGUCUACAGUUAAGUGCUGCUCCCUAGAUCCAUAAUUAAAUCUUUGGUAGUUAUUUAUUUUCUUUAACAUUCAUAUUAUCAUUAAUGUACUACAGUCAAGAUAAAAAAUAAAUCUAGACUCUGAAUUA